ACUCGCACCGGCACUGCGGCUGGGACGUCUCUCGCUCUCUCUCUCUCUCUCUCUCUAAUCUCUCCCCUCCCUCCCUCCUCUGCCUCUCUCUAACGCUACCUGACUCCCCUCUGUCCUCUCCUCUCCUCGUCUGUCCCGCAGCACUGACAAACUGCUUUUGUAGCUGCAUCACCUCCUGAGCAGCCCUCACCCUCUUUCUACCCCGUCUUCCUUUCUUUUCUGUCUUCCCCCCUUCCACCCCGACUUUGUUGCCAAAAUGUAUCGGAACCCGUGGAUCUCGAAUUACCUGACUCAUGUCAAGUUUUGCAGCCAAGGACUUGGGAGUGAGACGGCCCUUAAACUAAGCAACCCCAGAUUGCUGCAGAAGAGAGCUUUGAGCUUCCAGAAAGAAUUCUCCCUCGACGAAAAAGACGACCCAGCAAAAAGCACCAAGGAUAUAGAUGUUAGUCUCUUGGCCAAUCUCCCCAAAGUCUCUGAAUUGAGGAAACGAUUUGAAGGCAUAACCACAAGCACAAGUGACUGGGAAAUGAACAGAAAGGAGCGUAUCGCUCGGCGGUUGGAGGGCAUAGAGGCUGAGGUGCAUCCGUCUCUGCUGCCUAGCCUGGUGGCCAACCGGCUUCUGGAGGAGGACACGCCGCGAUACACCAGGGCCUCUGAUCCCUGUGAGCCCUGUGGUGUUACAGUCCAGCGGUACGGCACGGAGGGAUUCGAAAGCCCAGAAAUGCAGCUGACGGCUCCAGAGCGACAGUCCAGAGCUCUCUGCAGACCUGACCCCCAGUCCUCCAUCCACACAGAGCCCAUCUACACUUCCACCACCGGUGCCCCCGAGCUCGAGUCCAAGGUCGAACGCAUCGCCCGCUACAAGGCGGAGCGGCGCCGGCAGCUGGCCGAGCGCUACGGCAUCUCUUUAGAUCAGGAGCCAGACUCGGACCAACCCCCCCGCCCUCAAGCUCGCACCCGGAAGGACUCGGAAGGCUCGGAGAGGAGAAUCCGAGGGGAGUCAGCGGGGGAGGACGGGAGGGACAUCGCCCCGAGUUCAUACACCUCCACCACUAGCCCGAGGGUCGGACGCACGGCGCCGCAGCACCCCGACCCGAGUUACGAGAUGAGUCGGACCAGGGUGGACUCGUUCUCGGAGAGGGAGAGGCUGAUGAACCUGGAGAAUCAACGCAGAGCCGCUCCUCCCGAGCCUCCGUCCUCUUCCUCGUACAUGGAUGUGACAUCGCUGUCAUCAGCUGCCAAGGUGCCCGCCAAGGACUGUUCCGUCACGGGGAUGCCACCCAGUUCACCCAAGAUGAGCAGGCACGCUUCCCUUUCGUCACCUAAACACGGGGCGUCUCCUGGGGACCUAUUCAUCGAGCAGCAGGCCCACAGCAUCCUCAGCAGGCAGGGUGCGACGGCGAAACCGAGCACUGAUUGGUUCCUCCAGACCGAUGCUGAGGGCGACACCCAUUCCCUCAUCAACUGGCCCUCGAGAAUCAGAGUUAGGGAGAGGCUUGCCCGGGAGGAAGGCCGCCAGAGGAGCCCAGAGCUGGGGAAUGUUACAGAAGCCCCGGUUUACCGCAGACCCCAAACCCAACCCUCCACACGCUACCACACAGACCCACCAGGCCCCCAGCAGGUUUACUCCCAUCCCCAGCAUCACCCCCAGGCUCAGCUCACCCGUCCCGCGCCGCCGGGAGGACAAGAAGUCGGCGGUUACCCCAGUUACCUGUCCAUGGCCUCUGGUCCCACAUCAAGAGGAGGGCAGCAGCAGCAGCAGGAGGAGGAAGAGACUGAGGAGUCUGAGGACGUGAAGACAGAGGGCCUUCUGAGGAGCAGGCAAGCAGUGCUGCCCUCCGAGAUCCGCCGCAGGGAGAAGAGCACCGAGGACCCCCGGCGAGGACGGGGGGAAGAGGAGCUAGAGAUGUCCAGGGCGCAGAGUCUCAGCCAGGCGAGGGAGGUUGAGCCAGAGGAUCCCGCGAGAGGAGGACACAGAAGCAGAGCCAGGUGGGACGAAACGGAGCACACCUCCCGUCCGCAAGCGUCAGAGAGCAGGCCCAGAGAGCGGGAAAACGCCAUUUAUGUCCACAAAGGGGCGGCCGCCAAUGUCCUGCCCAGAGCGGCACAAGGAAGCUCCGCUACAGCUCGGAGCAGGUCGGUGUCGGACGCCGGGGAUCCACGAGGGCUCAGUCAGAGGAACCCGCAGCACCACGAGCCCCGAGAGGUCAGGGAGGGGGAGGGCGAAGGAAUCGGUAACCGAGAGAGUCACCAGGACAGCCGGGUGUCCGUGGCCCAGCUCAGACACUCCUACAUGGAGAGCGCCAACACCACCACCACCACCCCUCCGACCAGCCGGAGGAAUGACCUUGAGGUUGAAGGGGACGGGGCCCUCGCAGGCUCUGGGGCCCUCGCAGGCUCCGGGGCCCCAUGGAGAGGGGAGAGGGAAAGGGGGCGCAGGCCCCGGCAGUAUAUCUAUCCCGGGGAGAGUAGACAGACCUCAGAGAGGUUUAGGACGCAGCCCAUCACUUCCGCUGAGCGCCAGGAGACCGAUAGGUCCUGCGUGAGUUCCAAUCUCCCUUCCACUGAAGCUGAUGAAGAGACGCUAGAUGAACGGGCCAAGCUGAGCGUAGCAGCCAAGCGCUCUCUCUUCAGGGAGCUGGAGAAGAGCAUUGAUGGAGGAGCUCCUAAACCACGCUCCAGGAACGCAGCUGUGGACCGGAGACUGAGACGGACACAAGACCGAUCCAGAACUCAGCCCGUCACCACUGAGGAAGUAGUCAUCGCCGCCACCGUGCCCACUCACGUGCCACACACGGUGACUGUUCACACUGCUGCAGCACGCGUCCCUAGCCCCACCCUAGUUCGCAGCACUAUCCCGCCAUACAGACUGCGGGCGUCCUCGCAGCAGAGCGCAGCCGCUCGGGAGCAGGCGCGGGAGGCCCGGCAGUUGCAGGAUACACAGGAGGUCCAGCGCUCUAAGCCGGUGUCCACAGUGGAAGGAAAAGAUCCGAACCAGAGUCAGAGUCAGAGCCAGGACGAGCCUGACCUCAGCACCCUCAGCCUGGCGGAAAAGAUGGCGCUGUUCAACAGGCUGGCUCAGCCCCCCAUCAGGGUCACCCGCACCAGAGCGGACACCCGGCAGCGCAGGGCCAACGCUCGCUACCAGACACAACCCAUCACGCUGGGCGAUAUGGAGCAGGAGCCUUCAGACAUAGACGUCAGGGAUGAACAGGAGCUGUGUGACAGCCCAGUAGAGCUCCUACAACUUCACAACGGAACAGGCUCUCGGUCGGGACAGCCCCCCACUUCAUCGUCCUCCUCUGCUCUGAGAGAAGGCACCGUCUCCUCCGACCACGCCGGAGACAUCCACAUACCCAGAGCAGCAGCAGCAGCAGCAGCAGCAGCCCGGGUGGAACCCCUUCUUCCUCCCCCCAGCUCUGACAGGUCUCUGCCCCCCCAUCACCACCACCCAGACGGCCCCCCCUGGAGAUCCCAGGACUCGGCAGACCACCAGAGGUACCAGAUCUCAGACGGUCAAGCUGAUCUGGGAGGAGGGAAGAGGAAGCUGCCCUCUCCGGAGAGAGCAGCCAGGCAGGCCGUUCUGCCACAGCCCCACAGUGGAAGAGAGAGGAGGGACAAGGAGGAGGAGGUGGAGGAGUGGCUGGCCAAAGGGUGGGGAGAGCGAGCCGGGCAGAGCUCGGAGAGCCACAUGCUCCAGGAGAGGCAGGAGGCGUAUCAGAGGGAGGAAACACACUACCAGGACAGUCAGAGGAGCAGGGCCUUCAGUGGAGAGCUGCCACCGGAGUCCACCGUGGUAACAUCCAGAGCAGCAUCCGGUUCGCCUGGCAGUGCGGACGCACACGCAGACAGCCUGGUUCACCCCGAGGAGGGAGAGGAGCUGAGCGACGCGAUGAUGGCCAGACACAUGUCCAUCAGAGACAGAGUGGCGUUGUUGAAGAAGAGCGGCGAGGACGACUGGAGGAACCGGAUCAAUAGGAAGCAGGACGCGAUGAAGGUCGCCGUGAGCGAACAGCAGGCUCAGCUCUGGGAGGUGGAGCAGAGCUUCAAGAAGAAGGACGACGAAGAACUGAUGAUGAUCGAUGAGUUCGCUGUGUCCGACCAGCUAUGGGAGCCGGUCUUUGCCUGUACUUUCUCUCCUCCUCCUGAGCCUCCUUUCCUAUCUCCUUCCCCUGAUGAGUCAUUCAGCCAGACCAUCAGAUCUCCCAGACCCGUGCAGGUGGAUGAGAGACACCCCUGGAGACGGAAGAGGAUAGCCGAGGCUGAGAUGGAGUGCCAGAGCAUCGACGCUCAAAUGUCCAUCCAGGAGAGGAAACAGCUAAUAGUGGCCCAAGAGGAGGCCUGGAAGACGAAGGGCCACGGAGCCGCCAACGACUCCACCCAGUUCACUGUGGCUGCACGCAUGGUGAAGAAAGGGUUGGCCUCCCCGACAGCUCUCCAGUCUCCAGCGUCCUCAAAACCCAAGAACAGCAGCCUGGCCAUCUCCAAACCACAGGAAGACGUGGAGGAGAUGUCUGAUAUCGAAGAGAUCAAAGCCGUACCAGAUCUGAACCUGGAGUCGGACUUGAAGCUGGAUAAACUGGAGUCAUUCCUCGGCAAGCUCAACAGUAAAGUGUGCGGACUGCCAGAAGCAACCAUCACAGUUACACAGAAGAAGGUAAAGGAAGUGAUGACCCUCGAAGAUGAAACUUUCUCCAAGUUCUACCGCCAAGUGGAGGAGUUCCCCGCCAACACCAACAAGGUGGAGAUAGACGACGACUUCGACGCCAUCUUCGGUCCCCAGGAGCCAAAGCUGACCUCGGAGAUGGUGCGGCACAGGCGAGCGGUGCGCCCGACGCGUAACGUCCAGGCGUCCAGGAACCCUCUGAAAAUGCUGGCCGCCAGGGAGGACAUCAGGCACGAGUACACGGAGCAGAGGCUCAACAUCGGCCUGCUGGAGAGCAAGAGGAUGAAGGCGGAGAAGAUGAGUAAGAACUCUGGUUUCUCUGACGUGGCUCUGGCCGGUCUGGCCAGCAAGGAGAACUUCAGCAGCGUCAACCUGCGCAGCGUCAACAUCUCCGAGCAGAUGACCAACAACAGUGCCGUGCCGUACAAGAAGCUCAUGCUGUUACAGGUCAAAGGCCGACGGCACGUCCAGACCAGGCUGGUGGAGCCCAGAGCGUCCUCCCUGAACAGCGGCGAUUGUUUCCUGCUCAUCACGCCACACCACUGCUUCAUCUGGACCGGAGAGUUCGCCAACGUCAUCGAGAAAAACAAGGCUUCAGAGUUAGCAAACUUCAUCCAGAGAAAGAGAGAUCUAGGCUGCCGGGCUAACUACGUCCAGGUCAUCGAGGAGGGCGGCGGCGCUCACAGCCAUGCCGCCAAGGAUUUCUGGAAGAUUGUGGGAGGGCAGUCGACUUAUCAGUCUGCAGGGACACCGGAUGAAGACGAGCUGUACGAGGGUGCCAUUGUGGAGACCAACUGUAUUUACCGCCUGAUGGAUGACAAACUAGUCCCAGAUGAUGAUUUUUGGGCCAAGGUGCCCCGUUGUUCCCUGCUCGACCCCAAGGAGGUUUUGGUGUUUGACUUUGGCAGCGAGAUGUACAUAUGGCACGGAAAGGAAGUGACGCUGGCACAGAGGAAGGUAGCCUUCCAGCUGGCCAAGCACCUGUGGAACGGCACCUUCGACUACACGAACUGUGACAUCAACCCGCUCGACCCGGGAGAGUGCAACCCGCUCAUACCCAAGAAAGGUCAGGGUCGACCUGACUGGGCGGUGUUCGGCAGGCUGACUCAGCACAAUGAAACCACCCUGUUCAAAGAGAAGUUCCUGGACUGGAGCGACUCCAGAAAAUCACCAAGUCCCACAAGAACCAACGACCACAUCGCCGAUCAAAAGGACCAGUCCACCUCUGAUCAGCCCCACGCGUACGACACCUCGCUGAUGCUGCCCCUGUACGAGGCGCCCGUCUGCACCAAACUGGACGGGUUCAACGUGGGGCGGGGCUACGGCCUGGUGGAGGCGGAGGAGUGGCGGAGCUACGAGAUCAGCACGCUGGCGGUGGAGGUGUGGCACAUCCUGGAGUUCGACUACAGCCGCCUGCCGCGCCAGAGCAUCGGGCAGUUUCACGAGGGCGACACAUACGUGAUGAAGUGGAAGUACAUGGUCAGCGCUGCAGUCGGGAGGAGACAGAAGCCGGAGCAGCAGAAGACGGCGGGGGCCGGCAAGGAGAAGUGCUGCUACUUCUUCUGGCAGGGCCGCAACUCCACCGUCAGCGAGAAAGGAACGUCGGCGCUGAUGACGGUGGAGCUGGACGAGGAGCGGGGAGCACAGGUUCAGGUGCAGCAGGGUAAGGAGCCUCCGUGCUUCCUGCAGUGUUUCAAAGGAGGGAUGGUCGUCCACUCAGGGAAGAGAGAAGAGGAGGAGGAAAACUCCCAGAAUGACUGGCGUCUGUACUGUGUGCGGGGGGAGGCGGAGGUGGAGGGCCACCUGCUGGAGGUGGCCUGUCACUGCAGCAGCCUGCGCUCCAGGGUCUCCAUGGUGCUGCUGCGCAUCAGCCAGGCGCUCAUCUACCUGUGGCACGGCUGCAAGUCUCAGGCACACACGCGGGAGGUGGCGCGCACCGCCGCCAACAAACUCAAAGAACUUUGUCCUCUGGAAACAGGCCUCCACAGCAGCAGCAAGGUGAACAUCCAGGAAUUUGACGAGGGAGCCGAGCCCACGGGAUUCUGGGAACCUCUCGGGAGGAGGGACAGGAAAGCGUACGACUGCAUGCUGCAAGACCCUGGCAGGUUUAACUUCUCACCACGUCUGUACCAGUUGAGCAGCAGCUCAGGGGAGUUUGCAGCUGUGGAGUAUCUGUACCCGGCCAGAGACCCCAAGGAGGUCAACUCCAUGCCGUUCCUACAGGAGGACCUUUACACAGCUUCCCAGCCAGGCCUGUUCCUGGUGGACAACCACCACGAGGUGUAUCUGUGGCAGGGCUGGUGGCCUCAAGACAGCGAAAGCACCGGCUCAGCCCGAAUCCGCUGGGACUCAGACAGGAAGUGUGCCAUGGAGACUGUGCUGCAGUACUGUCGAGAAAAGAACGAAAAGAAGCCUCCCAAAGCGUAUCUGAUCCACGCCGGUCUGGAGCCGCUCACCUUCACCAACAUGUUCCCCAGCUGGGAGCACAGAGAGGACAUCGCUGAGAUCACUGAGAGGGAGGCUGAGGUGUGUAACCAGAUCAUUCUAGUGGAGGACGUGUUGGCCAGGCUGUGUAAGACCACGUACCCUCUGGCAGAUCUCCUGGCCCGGCCGCUGCCCGAGGGCGUUGACCCUCUUCGGCUAGAGGUCUACCUGUCUGAUGAGGACUUUGAGGGUGUAGGGGCUGAUGGGAAGAAGGGCCUGGAGAUGACCAGAAGGGAGUACGGAGGUCUGCCUGGCUGGAAGCAAGUGAACGUGAAGAAAGCCAAAGGACUUUUCUAAACAGAAAAGCUGACCUGGGAGACACCAGGAUGUUGUUUUAGUCUCCUCUUCUGUUCACGUCUGGACACAAAAGAGGCUCAGGAGCUGCCACUCCUGAGGUAACCCUGUAAACAGACGAACGGACGAAGGGGAGGAAGGAAAGAAAGCGCUGAAGAGGUGAUCAAUGAACGAGAGGUGUGUGUCGGCUCCUUCCAUUUGUUGUCUCGAUAUUUUGGUUGUAUAAAGUAGGAAAACAGAUGUAGGCGGAUGCACUUCUGAGCGAUUGUGUUACAGCUCUUCUUUAAAGUCUGACGUCCAGGUCCAAGAACGUUAUUGAAUAUAAUGUAUGUACAUAUGUAGCAGAACAGCCCAGUGCCCUUACGUUGUCAGCCAUGCAGCCAUCUGUUAGUGGGGAGCAGGCCCGCCAGCCCGUUCAGCACACUCCACAUCAGACUCCCUGCUACUCCUCUAUGUAUGUUUUGUGCAUUACAAAUAAUUUAUAUUUAUCAAAAUCCAUAUAGUAAAUUUUUAUCGUGAAUAUUCACCGAGCUAAAAAAAAAAGACUGAAUAAAUAGUGUAAUUAAUGUGGAGGAGGUUUGUGUCAUAUGUUGAUAAAAUACUGGAUAUUACAGGAUUCUCUCUCUCGCUGUACAGUUCACCAUUUUGCCAUUUACAAAUGAUGCAGCUUUCGUCUAGUGUCAUUAUUGUUUGUGAUAGAAGAGAGGAUACAGGCUAUAAAGUGAUGAUGAAAUGUAUUUGAUUUUUAAAUCCCACAGUGUAUAGUGCCUUGCUUUUGUGUACAGUUUCUAUACAGAUCCUAGUCUGCAUUUUGAAGACUUUUUGUGAUAUAAAUAAAUAUUAGAAAAAAUAAACUCUGAAAGAUGGAAAGUUG